UGUUGGGCACGUGCGCGAACGUGUUCAUUUCGUUUCUUGCUGUUGAGUCGUUUAGAUCCGAGGUUAGUUCAAAGCUUAUCCGGAAAUCGUUUUUUCUGAGCAAGGUUGUCUCACCUUUAGAUAUUGCGAAUCGAAUAUCGCGAACAUGGAGAACGGUCAGGAAGAAACGAAAAUCGACGAUACAAAUAACGUCGCUGAGGAAGCCGCCGACGAGAUGAAUGAUAAGGUUAAGAACGCCACGCCGAUCGCCGGCGAUUCGAACGACGCAAAAGGAGGGAACAAUGAAAAAGAAGGAAACAAUGCGAAAGAAGGAGAUGAUUUAAAAGAAGCGGACGAUGUGAAAAAAGCGGACGAUGGAGAGAAAGCGGACGAUGUAAAAGAAAAUGAUGUAGAAGAAGACGAAUCGUCCGCAGGAUUGUUGGAGAAGAUAAGGGAACAAGUGGAGUACUACUUUGGCAAUGUGAAUAUGCACAAGGAUAAGUUCCUUAUAGAACAAACAAAGCUAGACAACGGCUGGAUUCCAAUGAACAUCAUGCUGAACUUUAGACAGUUAACAAAUCUUAGCAGAGACGUUGAUAUAAUACUGCAAGCGCUGAAAGCUAGUGAACUCAUGGAAAUAUCUGAGGAUGGGAAAAAAAUUCGGCGUUCACCUAAACAUCCUUUGCCAGAGUACAAUGAAGAGUACAGGAAAGCACAGGAAGCUAGAACAGUUUAUAUUAAGGGAUUCCCACAGACAGGCAUGGAUAUUGAAAAGCUGAAGGCAUAUUUUGCACCGUACAAACCAUUUGACACGAUUGUGAUGAGGAAAUACCAGGAUAAGGAGAAAAACUUCAAGUUCAAAGGAUCUGUUUUUGUACAGUUCAAAACUAUUGACAUUGCCAAAGUUUUUAUGGAUGCGGAAUCUGUAAAAUAUAAUGACACCGAAUUAAUAAGGAAAUGGGCUGCGGAUUAUGCGGUGGAGAAAGCACAGGAAAAGGAGGAACGCCGAAGGAAGAAACCAGAUAAUAAAUCGAAGAAGGCUGCGGGUGUGGAACAGAAUGAAACCAAGAACGAAGAGGCGGAUUCGACACCCGCUUCGACGGAAAUCAAGUUGCCCAGAGGUUCAGUUAUUUAUUUCUCUGGUGUUUCUAAGAUUUGUGUCAGGGAAGAAAUCAAAGAACGUUUAGAAGAAUUGCACGCCGAAGUAGCGUACAUAGAUUUUCAAAGAGGCAAUACGGAAGGAUGGAUCCGUUUGCAGGGAGAAAAUGCUGCCAAGCCCCUGUUAGAUAAAAUGGAAGAAGGCAAGGUACAAAUCAACAAGUCGGAGGUCACAUGCAGAAUACUCGAGGGUGAGGAAGAAGAAAAGUAUCUCAUUAAGGUGACAGAGGAGAUGAUAGCCGCGAAGAACAAGCAUAGUAAAGGGAAACGCGGCGGUAAAAAGGGUCGUAACGUGCGAGGAGGGAAGAAGAGGGGUAGCAGUCCCGCUCGCGAUGCAGUUCCUGUUAAGAAGGGCAAAGUUGCCGAGUAAGAUUGCGAAGUCUCCGCGAAGACCUUCCGUGGAGACUUCAAAACCGACGGCGUACACAAAACUUUAAAUUAAUAAUGUAUAUUUUCAACUUUUUGACUGUCUAUGUAUAAAAGAGAGAAAAAGAAAGAUAAACAGCGACACGUAGAUUGUACGUAGUACGAGCAGAAAACUGAUCGAGAUAUCUAAGAAUUUUUGUUAUACCUCAUCGACAUGUUACGAGACUCUUGUGUUAUUAUUAUUAUUAUUAUUAUUAUAUAUAUAUAUACAUGUUUAAAAGCAUUGAAAAAAUAUAAUUCCGUCUAUAUAUUUGUUACACGCGACUCUCAUCGGUCACUCGAUGUCCCUCCAGCAUCGAUAGAUCAACGAGGCGUUCACAGGGAAAAUAUUGUAACAAAGAUUAUUAUAAAAUUUUGUAAUGCUGGACCAUACUCUCUAGAAUUAUGACUAAAAUUAUUAUGUUGUAAUUUUUAGUGAUGUAACCACAUGAAAUAUAUCUACAGAUGUAAAAUUAC